GUCAACUUUUCUGAGAAGGAUGGCCAAUGAAUGUGUGCUGAUAUUUUCAUCAGAACCCCACAUGGUUCUCCUAACUCUGCUUCUACAAGUCUUCCAUACCCAAAUUUCUUAGUCAACUGCCGUGUUUAAAACAUCAAACAUCUAAAUAUAAUUAUGAAAGAACAUUAAAAAAAAAGAAGAAGAGAGAGCUGAAUUGUUCUUUGUGAUUGUUGUGGUUUGUUAUCUUGGGUUUUGUUUUACUGGGAUUUCAGAAUGGCUCUGUCUUCUUUCUUGAUUUUCUUCAUUCUCUCUCGUCUAGUGGUUCUUAACAAUGCUCAAGAAAGAAAGCAAACCCACCAUGACUGCCCAGUGUCAUUCGCGUGUGAGUCUCUCGGUGUGAUGGGCUUCCCUUUCACCAGUAUGUCGCGGCCCGAGUGCGGAUUGUGCACGAUGGACUGUGAUUCAAGGCCAACUCCAAAGGUCCAACUGGAAACAAAUGGACGGUGGUAUGAAGCUAUAAAAAUGUUGCAGAAUGAUGCCGUUUUGGUGCUUGACCGACAGCUUAAGCAUCUCUUAGAGAAUCGCAAUUGUGAUUCUUUCUAUAAUAAUAGUCUUCCCAGCACUCCUUCUAUUUCCUAUACAUUCUCUCCCAAUUACACAUUGUUCAAAUGCACCAAAAAUCCUGAAUUUGCUCAGAAGAAAGAUGAAUAUUUCAACAGUAGUUACCAAUCUUACGACUGCCCUGAUUUCUCCAUCCACUACACACAUCCUUAUAAUCGCCGUAUGACUCCGAGGAAUCUUCCAUCUUAUUGUUCAGUUAUACAGCUUCCACUUAAUGAGGCAAACUUCAACGGGGAUUUAGAUCCCAAUAACCUCUUUGGACUAAUUACUGGUGAGUUCUCUCUUCAAUUACAUGUGUCCGAGCAGUGUUCUGAGUGUAACCUUGCUGGAGGGCUGUGUAAAACUGUCAGCGGUAACGAAUUCCACUGUGACAAAGGCCAAGGAAAAAGUAAAUUAAAACUCAUCCUACUCAUAGUUGCUUUUGCUGUUGGAAUUGUCAUUUUGGUAGCUACAUUCAUCUACUUCAGAAAGAAAUUCACACGAG